AUGAAGUUUCUCCAGAAGAGUGGCUUCCGGCUCCUGUGCGUAAAGAUGAUGCUGAGCCCGGACCAGGCGGAGGCCGACCUCUCCUGGACCCAGUCCGACCCGGAGAGCCUGCUCGGCGGCCUCAAGUCGGCCGGCUGCACGUCGGACGACACGGCGGAGGGCGACGACCGGGGCCCCAAAUGCAAGUCCGAGCAGCCGCUGAGCCGCGAGGAGAAGCGGCGGAGGCGCAGGGCCACCGCCAAGUACCGCUCCGCACACGCCACCCGCGAGAGGAUCCGCGUGGAGGCCUUCAACGUGGCCUUCGCCGAGCUGAGGAAGCUCCUGCCCACCCUGCCCCCGGACAAGAAGCUCUCCAAGAUUGAGAUCCUCAGACUGGCCAUCUGCUACAUCUCCUAUCUCAACCACGUGCUGGAUGUGUAAAAGUGGUAGAAAAUGACCUGGCUGGGUUAUGGGUGGGG